GAUUAUACGAACGAUUGUAAAUGUCACAGUUUUAUAAAUAUGAACCAGCAUGUAUUUAAACACUCUAUCAAGAUUGUUUUGUAUAACACAUGUGGAUAAAAUGUGUGGUUUAAUGUCGUCUCGCUCAAAAUAAGGUCCAGCAAAGCUCCUGCACAAAACCAAGCGGCUAGAUGUCUGGAACGGUCGGGCAGCCCAUUGUGUAUCUUAGCAGGACCGAGAGCUUUUCCGCAUCCCAUCGCCUCCACGCCCCGGGGCUCACAGAUGAAGAAAACCGCGAAAUAUUUGGUAAAUGUAAUAACACCAACGGGCAUGGUCACAAUUACAAGGUCAAGGUCACAGUACGUGGCCCGCUCGAUUCACGAACAGGAAUGGUGAUGAACAUCGCUGACCUAAAAGUAGUUAUGGAAAAGGCGAUUAUGGUAACACUGGACCACCGUAACAUUGACAAGGACGUGCCCUACUUCCGGGAACGUGUCAGUACGGCGGAGAAUAUUGCUGUAUAUAUCUGGGAACGCUUGAUUGAGCUGCUUCCAACUGGGUUGCUGUACGAAGUUAGACUGAACGAGACGGAUAAAAACGUGGCUGUAUACAGGGGCGACACGCAGUAGGGAGAUACGUUUUGUUUGUUUGUUUGUUUUUGAUUUUUGGGGGGGUGGGGUGGGGUUACGGUAUGGUAAUUGCCCAUUGGCCAGUCUGCAGAUCGAGUUGGCCAUCUUCGGUGACAUCGUCGUCGACUUUCAAAAACGUUAUUGUAAGCCAUAUUAGAAAAAAGCCCUUCAAUUAAUUCUUAUGUAACUUGGUAGACACCUUACAUGUGACAAUAUAUUUUGUAAAAAAGCACGCAACACCGGCUCUAAAACUUGUCGACAAAUUGCCAAAGAUGGGUGAUUUGUGUUUGAGUUUAUAUGAUCAAUUAAAAUUUAUGACCCUGUUGCAUUUAUACAAUAUGUGGUCAUAUGAUAUGCUAUAUAUUAGUAAUAAAACAGUAUUAUAAUGGUA